AUGAUACUCCAGAGGAUUCUGGAAGAUGAUGACCAACAAGGUCCUGAAAGAGAGGAGGAGGAGGCGGCAAUGAAGGGCAACAGAGAAGCAUUCAGGAAGAUCUCAGUGAAUAUCCUGCAGAGCAUGAACCAGGAGCAGCUGGUCCAACGUCUGUGGGGAGAAAGAAGGGCUGUAACCUCUGACGUGAAAGAGAGUCUUAAGAGAAAGUUCCGGCACAUAAAUGAGGGGAUUGCAAGAGCUGGAGAAACAACCCUUCUAAACGACAUCUACACAGAGGUCUUCAUCUGUCAGGGGUUUACAGACCAUAUCAAUGAGGAGCACGAGGUCCGAAAGGUUGAAGCAGCUGCCAGGAGACACACUCUACCAGGAAAAACCAUCCGACGACAGGACCUUUUACAGGACCAUGAUGGCAGAACUCUGCUGACUAUGGGCGUGGCUGGAAUCGGGAAAACAGUCCUGACCCAGAAGGUGACUCUGGACUGGGCUGAAGACAAAGCCCACCAGAACUUUGACCUGGUCUUUCCCCUCACCUUCAGAGAGCUCAAUAUGCUGAAAGAGAAGAUGAUGAGUUUGGUGGACCUUAUUAGUCGCUUCUUUCCUGAAACAAAAAAAGCAAACCCCAACAGUUUUGAAGAAUUCCAUGUUCUGUUCAUCUUUGAUGGUUUGGACGAGUGUCGACUUCCACUAGACUACCACAAAAACCGUGUCCUCAAGACAGUGACAGAAGCUGACUCAUUAGAUGUGCUGCUGACAAACCUCAUUAAAGGGAAUCUGCUUAACUCAGCUCGCCUCUGGUUGACCACACGACCUGCAGCAGCCAAUCGGAUCCCUCCUGAGUGUGUGGACAUGGUGACAGAGGUCAGAGGAUUCACCGACCCCCAGAAAGAAGAGUACUUCAGGAAAAAGUUCAAAGAUAACACACAGAGUAACAAAAUCCUCUCUCAUGUGAAGACUUCACGAAGCCUCUACAUCAUGUGCCACAUCCCAAUCUUCUGUUGGAUCACUGCCACAAUUCUGGAGGACUUGUUGAAGAGAAGCGAGGCAGGGGAGCUGCCCAAAACCCUGACUGAGAUGUACAUCCACUUUCUAGUUGUUCAGGCCAAAGUGAAGAUAGGAAGAUAUGAUGGUGGACACUUGACAGACUCACACUGGACAAAAGACAGCAAGAAGAUGAUUAGGCGUCUGGGAAAACUGGCUUUUGAACAGCUACAGAAAGGAAACUUGAUUUUCUAUGAAUCCGACCUGACUGAGAGUGGCAUCAAAGUCAAAGCUGCAGCACUUUAUUCAGGUGUGUUCACGCAGAUCUUCAGAGAGGAGGGAAAUCUAUACCAGGAGAAGGUGUUCUGCUUCGUUCAUCUGAGUGUUCAAGAGUUUCUGGCAGCUCUUUAUGUUCACAUGAGGUUUAGUAAUUUUGGAUUCAAUCUUCUGCAAGAAGGACAACCAGCAGCAGCCUUUAGAUUUAAGCUUAGGUAUCAGCGGUUCUACAGAACUGCCUUAAAUAAAGCUGUGGAGAGUCCAAACGGACACCUGGACUUGCUGCUUCGAUUUCUUGUGGGUCUCUCACUUGAGUCAAACCAGAUUCUCCUGAAAGGUUUGUCUGAAGAGACUGGAGGAGCCUGGACCAGCCAGAAGACUGCUGAGCUCAUCAAGGAGAAAAUGAGAGACAGUGAGGUCAAGUCUCAAGACAGAAUAAUGAACCUGUUUCACUGUUUAAUUGAAGUGAAGGACACUUCUCUGGUGGAGGAGAUCCAACAGAUGCUGGAAUCAGGACGCCUCUCCACACAGCGACUGUCUUCUUCUCAAUGGACAGCUCUGGCCUUCAUUUUGCUAACCUCACAAGAAGAUCAGUUUGACCUGUACAAAUGUGGGGCUUCUGAGGAGGCUUUUCAAAAUCUGCUGCCCGUUAUUCCAGCUUCAAAAAAAGCUCUGCUGAGAUGCUGCGGUCUCUCGAUGAACAGCUGUGAAGCCCUGUCAUCAGUGCUUCAGUCUCCAUCCUCUAAACUGACAGAACUGGACCUGAGUAAUAACGUCCUGAAGGACUCUGGUAUAAAACUGCUGUGUGAAGGCCUCAAGAGCCCCAAAUGUCAGCUGGAGACCCUGAGGCUGAGACUCUGUGGGCUGUCAAAGCAAAGUUGUCCACACCUGUCUUCAGUCCUUGAGUGUCCUUCUUCCCGUCUGACGAACCUGGACCUGAGUGACAACGACCUGAAGGGCGCCGGAGUGAAGCUUUUGUCUGCUGGACUGAAGAGUCCACACUGUCAUCUGGAGACUCUCAGUCUGUCUGGGUGUCUGGUCACGGAGGAGGGGUGUGCCUCUCUGGCCUCUGCUCUGAGAGCCAACCAUAUGUCCCAUCUCAGAGAGUUGGACCUGAGCAGGAAUUAUCCAUUUGGACAAGGACUGGACCUUCUAAAACGGAGGACUCAGAUAGCUAUCAAGGUACUCAAUUGUGACCAGCAGAAACUGCAGCGAGGAGUGAGGAAGUACUUCUGUCAGUUCACCCUGGACCCAGACACAGCACACCAGCGCCUCCGACUGACCAACAACAACAAGACAGCAGAACUUAUGAGAGAGGAUCAGAACCAUCCCUUCAGUCCACGUAGGUUCAUGUCAUUUCCUCAACUAGUGAGUGAGAACAGUCUCGCUGGUCACAGCUACUGGGAGGUGGAGCAUCAACGGGAUGUUGUGAUUGCUGUCACUUACAGACAGUACAGAGAUACAAAGGAAUUUGAGUUUGGACAGAACAAUUGGUCCUGGAGUCUGAAAUGUUUGGAUGGUGUCAGCUACAAGAUCUGUCACAACAAGGUCAACCAGUUGAUCAAGUUCGACAUUGACGCUGACAGAGUGGGCGUGUACGUGGACUGGAGUGCAGGCAUGUUGUCCUUUUACAGAGUGGUCAAUGACACACUGAUCCACAUCCACACCUUCUACACCUCCUUCACUCAGCCCCUCUACCCUGCCUUUGGAUUCAAGCCGAUGAGUUUUGGUUCUUCAGUCACUCUGUCUGGUCUUGAUGAGUUUUAUGUGCUGUGA